AUGUCGCUGGCCCUACUGAAUGCCGUUUCAACUUUUACACCAAUCGAAACAUCAGAGGACAGACUCAAGCUGAGGAUUGGGCUCCAUUCAGGUUUGUGACCAAUGUUCCCUUUAAGCUUCGCGGCUGUGCGGCCACGCAGCUAUCUCACAGUCGCCGCGCAGCACUUUUGAGUACCACUCAGCAAAUUUUCAAGUAAAUUUGUGUUUGUGUUUGUAGGCUGUAAAAUCUUGCACACACAAAAUUGAGGCUGUUAAAAUUUGCACCCAACAGUAUGAUUUUGCUCACGAACCAAAAAAUCUUAGAGGGAACACUGUUUGUGACAUAGGAAAUAUGGCAUGGGAUUGCUUUUUAUUCAUACUGAAAAUAUAACAACAAUUAAACAAUCCCUAAAAAAAUAAAAAAUAAUUUCCGAUAAAAUAUUGUAUAUGCCUUUUUAAAAUUAUUUUAGUAUAUAUUAAUAUUAUUAUGUCCCACUCGCUUUUAAAACCCAGAUUUACUUCACCAACUAUUUCAGAAAAACCAAAAGGAACAUAUUACACACCAAACCGCACUAGCGAUAUUUAUGUUUAAGAAUCUCAUUGAUCGAAGUUAUCGGGAAUUUUAUUUCGUGAAAUCUUUUUCCUUCGUCAUUCCCUCGGAAAAUGGUGAUUUUGUAGAUGGGGAUGGGGCUGAAUUUUUUAUAAUGUUUUGGUUAUCGGCAACAAGCCUAUGUGCCAAGUUUCAGCUCGAUAGGUUGACGGGAAGUUGGUCAAUUCGUAAUUCGAUAUUAUGCCAGUCCGCAACCGAGCCAGCCAGCCCCGAACAGAAGCGAUGCUAGUAGAAAGAAAGGAUUUUAAAAAAAUAAGGACAUGUUUAUUUCACGAGUUAACAAAAGUAACAAAAUGUGAAGAGUAUGAGCAAUCACUGAGGUCUCUAUUGGAACGGGAAGAAGUGCUUAAAUCAUCGGUGCAACAGCUCUUGGUGUGCUUUCUGUCUACCUUCAGCGACAAGUUUCAUUGCAAACAGAAAUAUUCUAAUGAGAAGCCUGGUUAAUAUAAAUCACGUCUGGAAUUCGCAGAAAACUUUUGAUGAUUGAUUAUUCCCUUUAAAGCCAUGCAAAAAAAAUAAAUGAGAUAAAAAUAUAUACUGGAAAUUGUUUAGUGGUGCAAUGGAUUUGGACCAAUCCAUCGCAUAUAACACCACGUGAUAUUCCCCAGGUCCAGUGUGUGCCGGCGUUGUCGGUCUGAAGAUGCCUCGCUAUUGCUUGUUUGGAGACGCUGUCAACACGGCCUCAAGGAUGGAGUCUAAUGGAGUAGGUGAGAUGUCUUGUGACAUAGGGGAGUAG